GCAAUGGUUCAAAGUCGCAAAAUAUAUAUCAGCGUAAAAUCGACAAAGAAACGGAAGUAAUCGGAAGGAGGAAGUCUCGAUUUUUCGGAGGCCCAGCUGAGAGAUACGAAAACUCUCUAGAAGAAAUCUGUAUGGUGGCAUGGGCACGACGUAUUGAACAUGGUGGGGUGAAAAUCCAAGCCAGUGAAACACCGAAUAUUCUCUCAUAACCUCUGAAAUUCGCAUUUUUCGAGCUUGUACAGUUUUCGCAAGACGAUACACGAAAGCGACAAUUUUCGCUGGCUUUCCUCCGAUUCUGUGCGAACGACAUCUCAUCCACGUGUAAUUUGCCCGAGAUUGGUAACUAUAGGUAACUACAAGUUACAUCUAUAAAGUGUGGGUCAUGCAGACCACUUGCAGAGUAAUGUAAUGAAUAGCUGUGGGAACUCUAAUAUUAGCACGAGGCUACGUGGUUCCAAGUGUGCCGAGACUCAAGAAGAGUCUAUAAAUCAAAUAGAGGAGAUAGAGAAAGAAGACAGUGGAGUGAUAAGUGAUUACAGUAUAAACGAUCUUCAUGUACCACGUAGCACCCUGGUUAUUUGUCAACGAAACUCCAAUUAUUCUUCAGAUCACGGCGCUGCCAGAUUUAAGCCAAGACUCAGCGGUGUUCCAAGAAAUGAAUUUCGAAUGCGCGGUGGCAGCUCUGCAGAUCGUGCCAGAGGUGGAACGCGGGGAAGAGGUUUCAAGAAAGGUCUCAACGAUCGCGAGUCGAACUCAGAGUCAAGCUAUCACUCUACAUCUAGAUCCAAGUUUCAAGAAUCGUUGAAAAAUCACGAGAAUGCACAGGGCAAAUACUAUGACGAUAAAAGAAUAAAUGAGGACUCGAGAAUUUCCAAACUUUUGCGACGACUGUGUCGCGAAGAUGAUUAUGAUCACUUCAUAGUGCUAUGCAAGCAAGUACAAGAGGGUAUUCUUGCACCUGAAAAUCAACGUUAUAUACGACGAAACUUGGAACUUAUUUGUGAGAAUCUGUUAGACAUUUUGCAUUCAGGCCCUGGUCAGGAAGCAAAACAACAGAUUGCAAAAUGUUUGGGUCGUAUCGGAUAUGUGGUAGAACAAGAUUUUAAAAGAUAUAUGGACUGGACUUUCAAUAAAUAUUCAUUGGAACAUAAAGAUGAUAUAAAAUGCUUAUUAAUAAAGUCAAUUAGCGAGACACUCAAGAUGGAUGCUGAGACAUCUAAAUUGAAAGAUUUCUCUGUGCCAAUGAUGUCUCAAUUGCAAUCAAUAUUGGAAAAUGUUGAUAGAGCAGAUUUACUGGUGGCGACUGUCGAUGCUAUAUUACUCAUCAUAGAUUCUUACCCAGAGACAUUCACAAACCACUUUCGCGAUACUGUGGACAUACUUGUAGGUUGGCACAUUGAUUCUACGCAACAAAAAUCCGUCGUUCUUUACGCGAGUCGAUGUUUGCAAAAGCUGCGCUCAUUCUGGAUAUCAGAUCUGCAAUUCACACUGACGUUGCUAGGUCAAUUCUUGGAAGAUAUGGAGGGCUAUGAUGAGGAAUUGAGUUCACCCGAAUCCGGUCGUAUAUCACCCGAUGAUGAUGAAGCCCCGACGCCAAGGGAAUGUAUUCUAAAGAUCACAUCUUUAAUAUCCGUUUUUAACACAGUAACAAAGAGUAUAUCCGAACAUUUAAAUCCAAAUCUUGCACCCAGCGUACAAUGGUCUUUUUUAACAGAUUGUUUAUCAAAGAUGUUAAAGACUGUUGUCAAAGCGAUCGAAUUCGAACAAGAGAAUGACAUUUGGCCCAAAAUCAUAUCUAACAACACAGAGAACUUGAUUAAAUGUAUAAAGAACGUCAAUUCAUCGCAAAAACACAUUGAAAUACUCUCCAAGCAUUUCAGUAAAGACGAGAUUACGGAGGAAAAUCUCGUCAAGAUGAUGAAGUCACUGAUUAUAAAUAAAAAAAAUGAUAAGAAAAAUUCUAAGAUAACUUCUGAUAAAAGUGCUCUAUCCAAGGAAAAGGGACAGUUGUUAAUGAACUUGCUGCGAUCGAUGGAACCGAAAGUUAAACAGAUUGAUUUAUCGGAAGAGAAGGAGGAAUUGAUCGUCGUCGCAAAUGAAUGUGCUUUCUUACUCCUCGGCUAUCUUCAAAGUCGCAUAGCAAAAAACCAUGAACUUCUUUAUAAAUUUAUCGAUCUUCAAUUGCAGAGAGUCAAUAUCUUUUGGGACGAUACCAUUAUCUCAAUGUUAACUAUCAUAUCGAAAAUAAUAAAGGAAGUGUCUGCGAAUUUGCCAUUAGAAUUGGUGCACACGCUGCUUGGCAAGAAUUCGGCGUUACUAAAAUUAAGAUUCCGAAAUUCCAUCCCCAUUCAAAACGCGUGUUUGGGCGUGUACCACAGCCUUCUGAGCUUGAAGAAUAUUCCAUUAUUGCAGGAAUCUUAUCGCUAUGUACUAGCGGAUUUGGAGAUUGCUUAUAAACUUAUAUUACCCGAUAUGGACAGCUUAGUUGUAGAUAAUCCGUUAAAUGAUUUGAAUUACACGAAGAGCGAUAUUGAGAUUGUAAUUACAUUUAUACUUCUUGCGCUUUCGGAUAUAGCAAAUGCGAGUAAUUCGAUUAUUGGAAUGUGGGCUUUAAAGCCUAGCAUCCUCGAGCUUCUUGCUGUCAAAUUAAAACCAUAUGACACUGCACUGUCUACAACCAGUCCAUUCUUGCAAUAUAGUAUUCUCUAUUUGCUUUAUGCGCAUUGCUCCAGGUACAAUCACUUUGUACCAAGUUCUAGCUUGAUAACCGGCAGUACAGCUUGUCGGCCGAUGGAUAUGUUUCCUGGAACUUUAGAUGUACCGACCACAUCACCUACUAGUGGCCAUUUAUCUAUAAUUCUCAAUCUGAUAGCUAAGACGUACAACAAAAAGACGCCUGUACGAAUUUUGCUUCUUUUGUCUAAUUGGUUGCAAGAGAUUUGCAUACAAUCCGAAAAAUACAUCGGGAUUUUGAGUAAAACUCAGGAGUGCCAAAAUAUCAUUGCGAGUUUAAUUAAUUGUGGUGCUACAACCAAUAAUGACAUUGCGAGCGCAGUAUGCAAUCUUUUGGAGAUCUUGAUGACUGCGAAAAAGGUGGAAUGGAAGCUAGAGACUUAUUCGUGUAUCAUAGAUCUAGCGACGUUGCAUUUAACGUCGUGCAAUAAAACAAUCCGCGAGAAAUACGGUUCACUACUAAUGUGUAUGCCCAUUAAUAUUGUUAUACCAAAAUUGAAUAAAGAGUAUUUAUUCUCAGACACUAAGAAAAUACGAGAAAUUGAAACAUAUUCGACAGAAUCAUUAAUACUUGCUCAAAGAUUACACAUGCGAGGCAAUAAUAACGGAGAAUUAUUAGCGCAACAUUUCAAAACAUAUAUGGCAUUCCUGCUGCAAGAGCAUUAUCUCGACGCGGCCGGUUUGUCGGAAAUAUUUACUUUAUGCUGGCCAGCUGUAUCGGAAAAUGAAACUACGGCGAGAAUGUACGACUUGGCGCUGGCAAAUUGUUCAUUUCUAUUCUUCUGGAGCGGUUUCGAAGCGGCGCAACAUUGCGUGCUCAAUAAGCUCCGCACGUUUCUAGGGAAACCACAAGAGACAUUCACGUCGAUUGAGAGUGCUCUGAAAGUUCUGGCUCGCGAGAUAUCGUACAGUACAGACGUAGUAAUGAAGAAGGAAAAACAAAGCUUAGAUCGCAUGUUGCACGAGCACACGCGAGUACGGCUUUUUAUAGAAUUCCUGGAACAUCUGGAAAGAGUGAUUCACAACGCAGCAGAUGGUUGCGCGAUGGCGCUUUUGCCGUUGUCGAAGCCGGUCAGGACCUUUUUCCAUACAAACAAAUCGACGUGCAGAGAGUGGUUGAAUCGCAUACGACUGGCUUUGUGCGUUGUCUCGUUGCACUCAGGUUUAGCAACGAGUGCGUUGCGAAACGGUCAGAGACUGCUGGAAGAUUUGAGUAACGCUGAUAAUACGCAGGGCAUAGAGUUUGAGAGGGCAACGUUGUGGACGGCGCAGGCGAUGGUCGCGCUGAGCGAGGCAGAAGCCUUGCAAGGACUUUACGUGUAUGCCAAGACAAAGGACAGACAGUUUCCGUGGCUGAAAGCUGCGAUGGAAGAGGCUGCCGGACACUACGAAUCGGCGGUGCAGGGCUACAAGCAGAUAAUCGAUGAACAUAUGUACGUUAAAACAGAUGACGACGAAAAUGGCAAAGCUAUGAGACUCGAGAGUGACAAUCAAGUGCUAGGUUUUUGCAUGCAGCGACUUUCCAAUUGUUAUAAAGCGGUCACCGAUUGGUCCGGAUUAGUAGAUUGGAAAUUACAAGAGAACGAUAUAUUAUCGCAAGAAAAAAAUAUUAUUUUGCGAAAACAAAUUGCGGAAAAUAUCGUGCCGCAGCAGGCGGAGUGUUUGAAGAAAUUUGAAGAGGGUGAAUUGAUCAGCUUAGACGAACUGACGAAUUGGAAUCUGUUGAACGACGAGAAAAAGAGUAAUUGGAGUUGUGCAAAUGCGCUGAGUGAAUGCAAUAACAGUCUGAUGAACAUUGCGUUGAGCAUUCGCAGUAACGAGUUUAAGGACUCGUUCGAGAACGUUAUUGAGAGAUGUGAGAAGGUCGCGGCUAAGACAAUGCAAGAUAGUUUGCGUAAUGUACCUUCAGAGUAUCUAAAUGACGCUAUAUUGCUUCAGUAUUCCGCGACGGGAUUGAAGAAUCUAUUAUGCGGUAAAAAUGAUAAAAAUGUUUUUGAAUUGUACAAGAUUGAUAAGAUCAAUCAUAUUAACUCGAACGUUUUAACGCAAGUCUUGUGGUGGUCCAAGUAUUUUGACCAAUCGUUCGACAACAAUUCCACAGAAGUGGAUAGUCUACGAUUACACGUUAUUCGAACGGCCAGAAAGGAAGGCAAUUUUAAUUUAGCGAAACGAGAGAUUGUUAAGUAUUUCAAAUUGGAGCAAGAUUUGAUCCAAUUGAAAAAUUCGACCGCUGCUUGCACUUUUGCCGAUAUCACGAAUAGCAUGUUGAACGGGCCUGUUCACGUAAAAUGGACCAAGAAUAGCAUGCGUGCAUUCAGAGAAUUUUCCAAAUUGCUGUACGACAUGGAGAACACGAACGAGGCGUUGAAGAUAUGCUGCGUAACUUCUUUGGGAAUUUCACAGGCGAUCGUCAACGGUGAGCAAUCCGCCGAUUUGCGAGAGAUGGGAACCAAGCUUUUGCUCACCUUGGGUAAAUGGAUACAGCAGGACAUGAAUGUAAAAGACAAUCCUCAGUUAGAGGAAUUGCUCAGAUUCGAAGCCGUGCAUAACGACGGUCUGAUGGAUAAAUUGUUCGGUGACACGAUCGAUUUGAUUCCGACAUCGGAUAUGAUAAUCGGCAAAUUGAUGCAGCUCGGUGUGAAUCAAUGUCCGGAUCUUCCGCAUGCUUGGUCAAAUUUCGCCGCAUGGUGUUACAAAUGGGGUCGAAAAAUCGUGGAUAAUUCCAAUUCUGGUCAAUUGACGGAUACCGAUCGGUUCAAUAUACAGUCUUUACUGCCAAUGGAUAUGGCCGAGGCCGAUCUCAACACUGUCUUCUGCAUACUGGGCCAGAAUAAGACUAUACCCGAGGACGAGGGCGAUAUAGAUACGAACGACGUAAACACGUCCGACAUGAUAGAAAAUCAAUUGAGAAAUGUACCGGUGCUGAAUCACGCCGGCAAUGAGCAUCUUCUCGGUAUGCUAGUCGACAUCUGGCGACAGGCGCAGAAGAGGAUCUACUCAUAUUACGAACUCUCGGCAAAUGCAUAUUUCAAAUAUUUACAAUUAGCCAAUAACGAGAGCAACGAGUGCGAUACCAUCACAGCAACGUUGCGGCUAUUAAGACUCGUAGUAAAACAUGCGUUGGAAUUGCAGAACGUGCUCGAGACCGGUCUCUCGACAACACCGACCGCGCCUUGGAAGGAGAUUAUACCACAAUUAUUCUCGAGACUCAGCCAUCCCGAGGCAUACGUGAGGACUCAAGUGUCCGAGCUAUUAUGUCGUGUGGCGGAAAAUUCACCGCAUUUGAUUAUAUUCCCGGCCGUAGUGGGCGCCGUUUCAGGUCAAAAGACCUACGACAAAGUCGUCUACGAGAAAUCCAACGACAACGAUAAUUCGCAAAACGAAUUGGACUUAAAUGCCGCUGAAGAGGAUGAGGCUGUUGUUUCGUACAACGACGAGCAUGAAGGUUUUAUGGAUUCCUGUUUUUCGCAAUUGGUCGAUUGUCUCUCGAGUCGUAUCCAGGAUUCCAUAGUUCAGGUGAAGGUGCUGGUGAAGGAGCUCAGACGAAUUACUUUGCUGUGGGACGAAUUGUGGCUGGCGACUUUGUGCCAACAUCACACAGAGAUCACUAAGCGAUUUGAACAGCUGGAGAUCGAGAUUCAGCGGGUGCAAAAUAAUGUCUGGCUCGCGCCUGAAGAGAAGGACAAACUGAUUGCGGAAAAACAUAGAAUUAUUCUAAAGCCGAUCACGUUCAUACUGGAAAAUCUUCUUUCUAUGACAUCCGUACCUGCCGAGACUCCACACGAAAAAAACUUUCAGGAGAAAUUUGGCGCUUCCAUAGAGGAAGUGAUAAACCGAUUGAAUAAUCCCAAGAACCCAGCGAAGCCGCAAAUGGCUAGUUUGGCACUGAAGCAUUUGGAAACCAAAUUGGCACAACGCGUGCAUCGACGGACCACUUAUUCCCUAUCGAUGAUGGAUAUUAGCCCUAUCUUAGCCAAUCUGAAGAACACAUGCAUCGCUAUGCCGGGCGUCGCUGCCAUCGACAACAAGAUCGUCACGAUCAUGUCGGUGGACAAUAAUGUUCAGAUUUUACCGACCAAGACGAAACCAAAGAAGCUGAUAUUCCACGGUUCCGAUGGUCACGUUUACACGUAUCUGUUCAAGGGAUUAGAGGAUCUACACCUGGACGAGAGAAUAAUGCAAUUUCUAAGCAUAUGUAAUACCAUGAUGUCGAAAAACAGUGAUACAAAGACAUAUAGAGCGCGACAUUACUCGGUAAUCCCAUUGGGUCCCAGAUCCGGUCUCAUUCAGUGGGUCGACGGCGUGACGCCAUUGUUUAUACUCUAUAAACGAUGGCAGCAGCGCGAAUGCGCUAUGACUAGCAAAACCGGUGGCGGCAAUUCAACGAUUAUGCGACCUUCGGAAUUGUUUUAUAAUAAAUUGACGCCGUUGCUGAAGGAAUGUGGAAUCGGUUUGGAAAACCGGAAAGAGUGGCCUAUUCAUGUGCUGAAAAAAGUAUUGGAAGAGCUAAUGAAGGAGACUCCCAAGGAUCUACUUGCUAAAGAAAUCUGGUGCAACAGCAUCCAUGCCGGUAGCUGGUGGCAAGCUACCAAGAAUUAUUCGUAUUCCGUUGCGGUGAUGUCUAUUAUUGGCUACAUCAUAGGUUUAGGCGAUAGGCACCUGGAUAAUGUUCUUGUCGAUCUCAAUACUGGUGAAGUUGUACACAUCGAUUAUAACGUCUGCUUCGAGAAGGGAAAAACUUUACGCGUCCCAGAGAAAGUGCCGUUCCGCAUGACGCCCAACAUCAAAGCGGCUUUGGGAGUAACCGGCGUCGAGGGUAUAUUUAGGUUCGCCUGCGAGCAUACUUUGAGAGUGAUGCGUAGAGGCCGCGAGACGCUUCUGACCUUACUGGAGGCCUUUGUCUAUGAUCCUCUGGUGGAUUGGCGUGCUGGCGCGGAUACAAGUAUAGCGAGUUACGGUGCUUGCCAGGCCAGGGCGAGAUGCACCGGUGUCGGAAGGAAACAACUGGAGCAGGAACUCACGCGUGCGAUGUUCGCCGUAAGAACGGCGGAGAUGCGUGUCGAAUGGCUGGCUAAUCGAGACGAAUUGACUAAAAUCUUACCUCUGCUGUGUCAUCACUUGAACUGUUGGAUCGAGGCGACCGAAGCCUCACGUCAGUGUCAGGAUUUAUUGCAAGACCGACAUCAGCAACUCGCGUUAGUGAAGGAGGCACAGGCGAUGGGUCGGAAUCAUGCGUUGUACUCGGUCGUGAACCGAUACAACUCGUUUAAACGAGCACGAGACGCUCACGAAAAAGCGAAAGCAGGCUUAAAAGAUAAAAUAGAGGAAUGUGAGAAGCAGAUUAAUAUGCAUAAUAUCGCGUUGGCCGCGGUACGAGGACCCCAAUUGGGACAGUGGCUGGCGGAAUUAGGAACCUCGACGAAUCAAGAGGAUCACGUGGUGUUUGAUCUCGUGAAGGAGUUUUUGCAAAACGCCGGACAGAGUCAGAUGAUACUACAAUGCGAGCAGUCGGAGAACGAAUUGACACAGUUGGCUACCCAGCAAUCCAUUCUCAUACGCACCUGUUUGGAUCUGUUGAGUCAAUAUUCCGCUAUCUGCAGUCUGUAUCCUCUAAGCACUCUGUCGCAGCAUCGUACCGUGCUCUAUCAUGCAUGGGCCAACAAGCUAUUGACCUCAGGAACCGUUGAGGCGUGUCACGAGGUUAUGACGCAGUUUGAGGGAAAUCUAAAUCCGAUCAACCCGAACAAUCCGCAGGUUCAGCAGAUAAUAACGUUCUCGUAUCAGAUGCAAGCGAUUUUAAACGAUUCAAAUGAGAGACUCAAGAAAGCUUAUGAAAGAAUGGUAUCCGAAGGCUUACCGGAAGCCGGUAACAGGAUUGAAAAGGCGUAUGUCGAGUCAAAAGCACAGAUUGUGGGAUUUUUGCGACGAGAGAAGGGCGCGGAAAGAGCGCUCGAGUGCGUCAAUAUUACCGCGCUAUGUGCCUUGAAUAAGCGAUAUCUGAUGAUGGAAGGCGCGGCCAAAUGUGCCGGAGAUUGUCUGGUGGAUCUCACAUCUCGCGAAGGGGACUGGUUUCUAGACGAAAUGCGUCUGAUGUCAUCGCUAAUCGCCGAAUUGAUUACGCUGAUACCGGAGAACCAUAAGACGAACAACGAUCCCAAGAUUUCGCUGAUACUCAAAUGUCUGAAGAGCGCCGAUUGCAUAUAUAAGGGUUUGCAGGAACUUAAUUAUAACUUUCAAACAAUUAUACUGCCGGAAGCGAUGAAGACUAUUAUCACGGAGGAACCGAGCGUCAUGCGAAUGAUGGGCGAACUCAACGAGAUUAUAAUAAUGACCGGGAUAUCUCUCGGUGACAUUUUGGCGCAGCUCGAGAUGCAUCUUCGAUUCACUGUGAUGGAAAUGGAGAGUCCGCACGCUAUGAUACAAGGUAUAGUGGCUAAUAUGAGAUUACGAUUCGAGGCGUUAUUGUCGCGACCAGCGGAGGUUCAGGACUUGAAUCAGGAAGAAACUUUGACUCCGGGUCAAAUGCUGCUAAUGGGUUUCAAUGGCUUAUUCGAGAAAUUGCAAAUGGAAGGUAACGCCUUGGUAGCCACUUUGAGUUCGUUAGACAUUCCGCUAAAUUGGAAAAAGAUCGAUCAGAUACGCGAGGCUAAAGAGAUGUCAGCACCUAUCUUCAACAAGACAGCUAGACAAGUUUUAGAGGACAUAUUUCUGAUUAAAAGAUUACAUACGAUACAGGAAUUUUUCAUGAUGUGCAGAGAUAUUGCUACCGCGUUCAAAGGCGGAUUAGCGAAUGUGUACGAUGAUGAACGACUUAAUAAACCUGUCCGAAUAUUUACGGCCGAUUACGUUUCGAGACAAUUGCUCGGCGUUACGUCACAAACAUUGGCAAUCACUUUGUGUUUUCUGCUGCAACGCAUGGGCCUGAACGUUACCACCGAAAUCGAACAAAGAGAUAUCGGAGCAGAAAGCAAAGUUUCAUUGGAGGAACUGUGUCGGAAGAUGGUGGAUUUAUGCUUGAAGAAAGGAUUGUUCUCGGGCUCAACCUUGGCGCAAGCGGGCGCAUUAAGUAGCACGUUGGAAAGCGCCUGGCGACGCAAACAAGGCGCCAGACUGGCGCAGCAAAGCGUCGAAGUAGCUAGGGCCAGUUUGCAGAGACUUCAACUUCAGCUAAUGGCCCAUCAUUGGUUGCAUGAGGAUAUUAUGAUGCUGAGAUCAAACAUAAAUCCAAUGAAUCCUCUGAAUCGGUCCACCUUCAUGUUGGAGCUACGAAAAACUGCGGCGGCACUAUCGAACUUGCAGUCGCGAGUAUGCGAGGCUCGUGAGCAACAACAAAACCUCGUCUCAAGUGCCGUACAACGUCUCAAGUGGGCUGCCGGCGCCAAUCCAGCAUUGGGCGAAGUCAUGUCCGCGUUCGACAACGCAGUGUUGACAUCGUGCGAGAAAUUGACCAGACAACACAAUCUAGCAGCGAUGGUGAUGAAUACAUGCAAUUCUAUACUGCAUUACGAAGCUUUGAGGACCAGAACAUCGGAAAGUGUGACGCACGAUGCCAAUUUAGUCAAACUAAUCAAACACUGGGAAGAGAGUUGUGUGUUGACAGCCAACUUGAAUAUCACUGUUACCAUGAUAGAAGAGAGCCUCGUACAGCUGUUGCAGCUGGAAAACAACGUGGACACCGCAUGGUUGAAACAAGCCGAGAAAAUUGUAUCUGAGGCGAUAGUCGAUACCCAGAAGAAAUUACAGGAGAAACAAGAAGCUCUCUUCACUGCCAAGGAUUAUCUGAGAGAUCGAGUCAAAAAUUUACAGAAUGUGCUGACCGAACAUCAUCGACUUAUGUCAGACGUUAGAUUGCUAUUGAAAACGAUGGUAAAACAGGAGAAUAUUGACGGUUUGCAGGAUUUCUUAUUCGCAUAUCGCUCCUUCACAGAAAGUGUAUCGACGAUUGUGAAGGAAUUAGAGACCAAUAAUUUCGAUUCGGCUCGUGGCGUGGCGAUCAAGAAUGAUCUAGAAACGAUGGCAGUUAAAGCACCCAGUUUGUACAACCAACUGUUAGAGUUCGCGAGCGAGCAUAAAUUGAAUCCGAAGGUCGUGGAAAAACCGGAUAGUCUGAAGAAGAAAGGCAGCAAACUGGUACGACAAGAGAGCGUAUGCUUAAGUCCGAGAAAAGGAACACCAUUAGCCAGAGAUCCAACUACGGGCAAAGCUGUACAAGAGCGGAACGCCUACGCGCUGAACGUGUGGCGUCGCGUGCGCAUGAAGCUAGAAGGUCGCGAUCCGCAACCGACACGCAAGUAUACUACGGCUGAGCAAGUGGAAUACGUGAUACGCGAAGCACUAAGCAACGAUAACUUAGCCUUGCUGUACGAAGGCUGGACACCGUGGGUCUGAACGAAGAGCGGUUGGCGCUCGCGCGCCCCGAUGGCUCGACACUCGUCUCACAUGACGGUAUUUAAGCUUGUACCGUCGUAUCUAUGUCGCCCUACGUUGCCGUAGGAGGCAAAACUCCACUCCGCUCGAAACCAGAUAUAGCGGAUCCAGGGAAACAAGUCAAUCAAGAAACAAGUCGGUUUUUCAGGAUCAAUCUCUCCGGCGCGACAAUCCACUGUGCUGAAAAUCCACUGUGCUGAAUGCUGAUUCUAUAAUUGUUUCAAAAAUCGAGGCUGGCGCGCAAUCUAUUAUACUUAUGGAUAUGCAAUGGGUGUGUCUUCUUUCUUUAUUUCUUUAUUUUUCUUUUUUUUUUUGUUUUGCCGGGGAACAAGAAUAUAUGUAUGGUAUAUUGGGCAGAUAAAUGUGCAGAGAUAAGUAUUAUUCUUUUGGGAAUUGCCACGAAUUUUUGGGAGAAGCAUAGAAUCGGCCAUAUUCUUACGCUAACGGUGUAGUCGCGAGAAGUUCGGCUGACGAUAUAUUGAGAAGUCCGAUAAGUCCGAUGAUAAUGAUGAAAGUCUCGAUCGUAGCAACGAUCCCAAUUAUUACCUAUAUACGCAAUAUAAUUUGCGUAAUGUCAUAGAUAGUGUCAGGGAUUAAAAUUGCCUAGCAUUUUAAUCGAGGCAUCUGAAUCGGUUUUCGCACCGACGUUUUGAUUUUAGAUACAUGUACACCGAUGUAUACACAGAUAUACAUUUGAUGAUUAAUUCGAUCAGGGAUCCGAGAUCAUGUAAACUGCAUUACAGCAUUAUUUUCCAAUAAGAUGAAACAAAAGACAAAAUUUUAAAAAUGUCCGUGACUUGAUAUAGAAAAAUCACUUAAUGUUAUUAAGUUAUUAAGUUUACAUAAAUUAAAUACGUUCAAAAUCGGCGCAUACGUAUAUACAUACACUUACAUACGCAGAUACAUACACUGCUCAACAUAUUACAUAUAUCAUCUUUACAAACAUCCAGAUAUAUACAUAUAUACGCGGGUAUAAGUGUAAGUAUUUGCAAAAUUUUAUUGAUCUCGCGGCGCAAUCGCAAUUUAUCGUCGGUUAUAAUGGAACAAAAUAAUUUCUGCGGUAAAUGCGCACAUAGUUUUGUAAAGUUUAUCACGUCGACUCAGUUUGUGAGUUUUAUAAUGUUAGUAUCGGACGAUCCGGACAAAAAAAAAUUUAUUAGCUUCGUAGCCAACAUUAUGACACAUGAUAGUGUCCUCGCUACUUUCAAGCGUUGCAUUUCGCUGAAUCAUGUUUUAAUUGCUUGAAUAAUGCUGUCAUAAAUAAAGAUUUUCACAUAUACAUUGCAGAACUAAUGAUAAACACUCAUUUCUUUUAAAUGUUUGUUGCAAAUUUACAUAAUUAUGUAAAUUUUAUCAGUUUAACAUAACUCAUUGAGUAAUAUGUGCAGGAUGUUUUAAGAAAAAUAUAUUAUACAGAUGUGUUCCAAGCUAGAAUGGAUAAAAAAAUAUAAAAGUAAGGCCGGUAAUUGGUCGUUAAGAACCCUCAAAUUUUAUAAAAAACAAAACAAUUUUAAAAAAUUAUUUAUUACUUUAGUGAUAAUUAUUUUUCCUGAAAAAAAUAAUUUGUUAUGUAAAAUAAGAGAAAUUUAAUAAUUAUUUAAUUAAAGUAAUUAGAUAAUGUUUAGUCAAAGUAAUUUUUAAAAUUAUUUUUUGUUUUUUAAAGAGGACAACUGAAGCAUUCUUAGAGCUUAUAUAUAGAUUUCUUUUUUUUCUUUAAUCUCUGAGAAACACAUCUAUAUAAUAUAUAUACCACAGAUUUUUCCUAAAAUAUCCUAUACAAAUAAUACAAAAUGCUAUAGAAAAAUGAAAUUGGCCGAUGCAAUUUUAUAGAAACGUGACAGAACCUCAUAGUGCAGCUCCAAGAGAUUUUCAAAUUUUUCCUAAUCUGUAACUUUUCGACGAACUUUACACAAUGAACGAUUAUAAAUUUGGCGUAGACGAAUUUUAUUUGUGUAAAAACUCGAAGAAAAGAAAAUUAAUUAUUUAUUAUAUAAUUACAAAAAAUAUCAAACUUCUACUAUAUUACGUGAUGCAAUGCUGGAACUAAUAAGAGAAACACUAUCGAAACAGA